AUGGCCCUCUCACCAUUUGCAUCUCGCUCGCCUUCGAUGACUGUCGCAUCGCCUAACUCUGCACUACGUUUGAAAGCUGCUGCUUCCCAUCAUGUACCUGGCCAAGCAGCCGCUGCCAAGCCCGAGUCGAAACCGGAACGUGAGCUCACGGAACAGCUCAACGACGAUGUGCGGCGGAAAUACAUCAAGGGUGCGUUGGAAGCCACAGCUCCUCAAGGCACCAUUGAAUUUUCAUUGAGACUAACGGAUAGAAUAGGCAAGAAGCUAGGUGAAGGAACGUACGCCAUCGUAUACCUAGGACACUUCCGCGACGACCCCUCCUCGUGCGUCGCCAUCAAGAAGAUCAAAGUCAAUGCUGAAUAUAAAGAUGGACUCACUAUGGAUGCUAUCCGGGAAGUCAAAUAUCUCCAAGAACUAUCUCAUCGGAACGUGAUUGCACUCCACGACGUGUUUUCAUCCAAAGAUCAGAACCUCAAUCUGGUCCUGGAGUUCCUUCCGGGAGGAGAUCUUGAAAUGUUGAUCAAAGAUGGGGAUAUCCACUACGGUGUGGGUGAUGUCAAGGCCUGGAUGGGCAUGCUGGCUCGAGGAGUAUGGUUCUGCCAUGAGAACUUUGUGCUCCAUCGAGAUAUCAAACCCAACAACUUGUUGAUCGCGGCCGAUGGCGAGGUCAAACUGGCAGAUUUUGGCCUGGCGCGAUCAUUUGCGGACCCUUACCUCAAUAUGACCCACCAGGUGAUCACUCGCUGGUACCGACCUCCCGAGCUGCUCUUCGGUGCCAAGCAAUAUUCCGGCGCAGUGGAUGUCUGGUCCAUGGGCAUGGUAUUUGCAGAGUUACUCUUGCGUGUCCCGCUGCUGGCUGGGAUGUCAGAUCUUGACCAAAUUAGCAAGAUCUGCGAGGCCUUUGGGACACCCACCGAGGAGAAUUGGCCUGGGGUGACUCAAUUGGCCAAUUACGUUGCGGACAAGGCAGUGCCGGUGCAAGGACGAGACUUCUUCCUUCGGCAGUUCCCUACGGCUGGUCCGGUGGGCGCUGAUCUGCUCAUGUCGAUGUGCGUGUUGGACCCUCGCAAGCGCGCUACUGCGCUGCAGGUCUUGCAGCACAAGUGGUGGACUACCGAACCGCGUCCGACUAAGAAUGAAGAUCUCCCGCGGAAGUCAGGGACUAAGAAAAUGGGCGAUGACUUGGCCCGACGCGGGGGCGAGACUGACGACGGUCCCUUUAAGAAUGCGGCCCGGCAGUUGGACUUUGGAGCCAUGAAAUAA